CUGCUCCGCCUCACCACAGACAGCUUCCAGGAACCAGUUGACGCCCUUCAGUCAGAUCAGCCCCUUCCCAGCCCAGACCACCACAACCACCACCACCACCACAGUCACCUCCCACCCCCCUCCUACUAUUCCACACACCAGCCCUCCACCCAGUCAGUCACCUCGUGUGCGACCGGCCGGCAGGAGCAGCGGCAGCAGCAGCAGCAGCAGCAGGAGCAGGAGCAGCAGUCACUUCACAAAACAACAGCCCGGACCUCAGCGGCACAGAGAUCCUUCCCUACCCGGGGCUUGUCGUCUGGCUCUGGGGCAAAGAGAAGAGAGGAGCACCAGGGGGAGGAGAAUGGGACACCGGUGCCUGGAGUCCGCUCGGCGCAUUUGAGAGCUCCUCCGACCCGCUUCCAGGUUCCUUGUCUCCCGGCUCCGAGUCACGUUUUCCCCGCUGACACAACACAAUGGGCUGCUGCAGCGGGCGAUGCACCCUCAUCUUUAUCUGCACUUUACAGUUGUUGCUGGCUUUGGAGAGACAGGUCUUUGACUUCCUGGGCUACCAGUGGGCCCCCAUCCUCGCCAACUUCGUCCACAUCAUCAUCGUCAUCCUCGGCCUCUUCGGCACCAUCCAGUACCGGCCGCGCUACAUUGUGGUGUACACAGUAUGGGCCGCUCUGUGGGUCGCCUGGAAUGUCUUCAUCAUCUGCUUCUACCUGGACGUCGGAGGCCUGUCCAAGGACAGUGACCUGCUGACAUUUAACAUCUCAGCCCAUCACUCCUGGUGGAGCGAGCACGGGCCGGGCUGUGUGAGGAGAGAGAUGCCACAGGCUCCAGGGAUCCGCACCACAGAGAGCCACUCCUACAUCUCUGUCAUGGGCUGCCUCUUGGACUACCAGUACAUCGAGGUCGUGCACAGCGGCACACAGAUCCUUGUUGCUCUCCUGGGCUUCGUGUACGCCUGCUACGUUGUCAGCGCCAUCACUGAGGAGGAGGACAGCUUUGAUUUUAUUGGUGGAUUUGACCCAUUCCCUCUCUACCAUGUCAAUGAGAAACCAUCUCAUCUACUCUUAAAGCCCAUGUACCUGUCUACGUAAAUAGGAGAGCGUCCAGCAGGGAGGUGACACAGCAGAUUCCCACGGAGACAAAAUGGCUGUUUUGACACAAACGUCCCCAGUGCACCGGGGCAUGCCAGACAUUCCUCCCCCUUCUUGAUUUCAGUUCUUUAAACAUGUCAUUUACUGGUGUGCCGCCCAGAAAAGCCAACACUUCUCAGUUAGGGUCCAUUGUUUUCCAUGGAGAGAUGACGGGCCCUGAGAACGAGGGGGGGGGCGGAUUACACUGGAACAAAGCCUCAUAUUGUGUAUUUAGGGAAGUAUCAAUCAUUUUCUUUGUGUUGAGUUCUCUGCUAAGGUCCCAUUGCUGCACUGACCUGCCCAUAAUGGUCUCGAAACUCCCCCUGAACAUGACUGUAUAGAACACGUGCAGCAUAUAAAUACAGUGUGUAUGUAACCAGGAACUGCCCAGCGUUCCCAGUCUGUGUCUUCGAGGGGACUCAGUGAUUUAGCGUGUCAUUGCCGGUUUGGCUCAGAUCUUGGCCAGAGGGCUGAAUUACAGUGGAGCCUGUGGAAUGAGCUAUUGUGUGCCGCCUGUUUACUUUAGGCCAGGAUCUGUGUGCAUAAAUACACAAGUAAAGCAGGAAGGGGCAGAGGGAGGGGAGGGAACAAAAGCACCAAAACCUUCAGCGGCAUCUGUCAAAAAUAGAAAAUGUAAAUAAUGAAAGGGGGAUUUGGAUUGAGAGUCUGACAUGUGAAGAAGUGUCAAGAAUGAAAAAGAGCUUUAGCUUCCGAGCGGCGUUCAGACACAAGGAAACAGCAUGUUGAGUUUUACCUUUUUAUUUUUGGAGUCUUAUUAUUGUGACUAUUUUUCGCCAACAGCCUCGUCAGAUGAUGUGCCGAGAGCUUUUCUUCUCACUUCUCCUCUUAACUACUGACGACACAUCAGGGCCGCUCACACACACACACACACACACACACACACACACACACACACACACACACACACACACACACACACACACACACACACACACACACACACACACACACACUCUCUCGAGCAAGGGUUGCACAGCGUAUUUUUAACUUUCAGCGGAACAAUAGAGAUUGUUUUACUACUUCAUAUUGCACACAGCAGUGUUUGAGUCCGUAUGGGUAUAGUCCUCAGUGUAGAAGUAGCAUGGCUAUACGUGAGUGGAUCAGAUGUUCGUCUCCUGUCGGUCAAACAGUUUAGAUUCUCAAUGGUGAUAGUCUCAGUUGUGAUUGUUUUAUAGCAUGUUUUUUACAGGGUUUGUAUUGUAAUUAUGUGUAUAACAUCUUAAGUGAUGACAAAAUAGUAAACCAGUAUCUUCAGACGACUUUACAGUGAAUGAGCUGGUGACUCUGGAACAGAAAUCUUCUGCUGAGUAGUUUCUUACUCACAUUUCCUUUAAUCUGAUCCAGCAACAUUAUAAGUUGACAUAGGCAAAUGUGCAUCAUAUCUCUCUGAACCGAUUGGUAGCACUUUUUUAUUUUCUUUAUGUUUUAUCUAUCAGGACUAUACAGUCUGUUAUGGCGCCUCACUGUUUGUGUGAAUCACUAGUUCCUCCUGGUGGCCAAAGUGUUCAUGUACAGGUUACAAGGCCCCUGCCACAAGCCUGCCCCUCAGUAAAUCUCAGUGUUUUAUCUUUCAUUGAUUUUUAAUGGUUUGUCAAGGGUUUCUGGAAAGUAACUGUCAUGUAAAGAGAGUCAGACAUUUUCCUGAUUUAUUUCAAUACUUCAUUUCAGUCCUUUUCUUUUAUCACCCAAGUUAAGGUCUGUUUUUAGCCACUGAAUUUGAAUCCAGAAUAUUUUCAGUAUGUUAUUCAUUUGAUUGCAGUACACUUGCAAAAUCUUAGAAUGUAAAUUAUUUCUAUAAUCGAAACAGUUUCGAACAAAGCAGUAUUUUUUUGUCCAUUUAGCAGCUCAAAAUAUAAUUCUGCUGGGUGUCUGAUUCCCCUGUGGUAUAGGAUGUACUUCAUUCUACCUGAUAUUCUACAAUUUUGAUCCUGAAAAUCGUUCAACAACUUUCUGCCGGCUAAUGUCACAAUGAUGGAUUUUGAUUUGUCCCCUCUAUACUGGAUAGAUGCAAUAAUUUAUAUGUUCUUAUUGUCUUUAUAAUUUAAAGUCCACACACUCCUGGUAGUUUAAAUCUGGGGUGUGGGUUAGUUCAAAACACAAAUCACCUCAUAUUGUAACAUAAUCAUUACAAAUAGUAAAAUGCUACUAUAGUCAUUACGUUAACACUAGUCUUCCUCUCAGUGCAAUACAGCCUAAAACCUGGUAUGGUUGUCAAAGUGUUUUUCCCCACUGAGAAAUAAAAACACCUCUUUGUAGAUAAUUAUUUUUCUCUGCAUAGAAAGUGGGAAAGUGGAUGUUUUUGUAUUUCUCUUUAUUUCAUGUCCUGUGUUUCUCCUGUUCCCAUGUGAUCUGAUUGCAUAAUCCUAUUUAUCCUGAACUGUGCUUUGUGUUCAUGUAAAUAGGUGUUUGUUAAUAAAAGAAUGUGCUCUUUUAA